AUGUCCUCCAACGUCGGCCUCACCACCCCACGCGGCAGCGGCACCUCCGGCUACGUGCAAACCAACAAAGCCCACCUCCGGCCCCGCGACAACCCCAAACCGUACCCCUCCGACUUCGACUCCCUCAAACACCGGCAACGCCAACCCGACGCUGAGAUCCUCGAGCACGACCGCAAACGCCAAAUCGAGGUGAAAAUCUUCGAGCUCCGCGACAAGCUCGAGGACGAAGGUGUGGAUGAGGAUGAGAUUGACGACCAGUGCGCUGCGUUAAGGAAGAAGUUGGAGAGGGAGGGUGAGAAGGGAGGGGGCAAGGACGCGAGGGGGUUGAAGAGUCAUCAGGUGCAUCAGUUGGCGGAGGCGAAGAUUGAGGAGAGUGAGCGGUUGAGGCGGGCGUUAGGGAUUGGGAGGGAUUAUGAGGAGGGGAGUCAUUGGAGGAAGCAGGAUGAGCGCAAGUUGGAGGCGGAGAGGGAGAGGGGGAAGAUUUGCGUGAGAAUCGUGACCCCCUAUACGGCCUCACGCCCGUACUACCUCCCGGAAAGCACGAGACUCGGGGCCUAA